AUGACACCAGUACAUUUUAGCUUUAGUUCAGCAUUCAUUUUAGGAUUAAUAGGACUAGCGUUCCACCGCACCCACCUGCUCUCCGCACUCCUGUGCUUGGAAGGUAUAAUACUAUCCCUAUUUAUUGCACUAGCCCUAUGGGCCUUACAAUUCGAAUCAACAAGCUUCUCCGCAGCCCCCAUACUACUACUAGCCUUCUCCGCCUGCGAAGCAAGCACGGGCCUUGCACUCCUAGUAGCCACAGCCCGAACUCACGGGACCGACCGUUUACAAAACCUCAAUCUUCUACAAUGCUAA